UGAAAAUGUGAGAUCAGAUAUGCAUGGAAGGUUUAAUCCAAGGAGCUGAAGAUGGAAAACCAAUGUCUCCAACCGUUAGAACUGAAGACUCCGAGUUUCAGACUAUGGAAGGUUUAAUCAAAGGAGCUGAAGAUGGAAACCCCAUGUCUCCAACUGUUAGAACUGAAGAAUCCGAGUUUAAGACUCCAACUGCCGCUGAGUCGCAGACUGAAAUGGAAACUCCAUCAAUAUUCCUGAACACUCCAAGUGCGGUGUACUCGCAACCAGAAAAUGCACCUACAUCUAUGAACAUAGAUGAGGAAGAGGAUCCAGAUAACGUACAAGUACCUAAACUUGUUAAGAGAAAGAAAAAUGUUCCCCUCAAGUUACUGUCACCCUUCUUAACUCAGUAUUCACACCUACUGGUUGGGGAAGAACAGUUGAAUCAAAAGGAAAAGGACAUGCGAUGCGUACUGGAUUAUGCCUUUGGAAAGGGAAGCCCAACGUAA